UAUCACCCACCAAAAAAAAAAAAAAAAAAAAACUCAGACCUUUCGUGUUGGAGCUUUACACAGAAAAACAGAGCACAAGUACUCGGAGAAAGAGAGAGGGAGAGUGAUAAAGAAGAUGGUUGGGUUCACGAGCUUUAACCUAAGCCCUCUGCAACUAGUCCCCUGAAAAAAAAAAAAAAAACCCAGAAUUUUUUUUUUGAAGAAAAAUUGAAAAAAGCUUGCUUCUUUGAUCCAAAGACCCCAUUUUUGAGGUGGGUGAAGCUUCACGGGGUCGAACCCAUCUCAGUCUCUUUCUUCACCACCCACCCAAAGCUUUUCAUCAAUCCAGUGGUCCGGUUCGCUCCACGUCACCACCGUGUUCGAUCAAUUGGUCAUCAUCACCGUCACUGUCUAUAAUGUAAUAGAGAAAGCUGUCAGAGCAGAGAAGGGACUGAAUUGGGUUUUUGGGAUUUGUUUGUUUUGGGAAAGUUGGGAUCUUUGUUGGUGUAUUUAUAUAUAGUGACGGAUGGAUCGUUCUAUGCUCACAGUUGGGCCGGGUAUGGAUAUGCCGAUCAUGCAUGACAGCGAUCGGUACGAGCUGGUUAAAGAUAUCGGGUCGGGUAAUUUUGGGGUGGCGAGGCUCAUGAGGGACAAGCAGACUGAGGAGCUUGUUGCUGUGAAAUACAUAGAGAGAGGUGAGAAGAUAGAUGAAAAUGUACAAAGGGAAAUUAUAAACCACAGGUCAUUGAGGCAUCCUAACAUUGUCCGAUUCAAAGAGGUAAUAUUGACACCGACUCAUCUGGCUAUUGUGAUGGAAUAUGCAUCUGGAGGAGAGCUCUUUGAGCGGAUAUGCAAUGCAGGGCGGUUCAGUGAGGAUGAGGCACGCUUCUUCUUUCAACAACUUAUAUCAGGCGUCAGUUACUGUCAUGCAAUGCAAGUGUGCCAUCGGGACUUGAAGUUGGAGAACACAUUGUUAGAUGGAAGUCCUGCUCCUCGUUUAAAAAUAUGCGACUUUGGCUAUUCAAAGUCUUCGGUGCUACAUUCCCAACCAAAAUCAACUGUUGGCACCCCUGCAUAUAUUGCUCCCGAAGUGUUACUUAAGAAAGAAUAUGAUGGCAAGAUUGCAGAUGUGUGGUCUUGUGGGGUGACCUUAUAUGUCAUGUUGGUGGGCGCAUACCCAUUUGAGGAUCCUGGGGAGCCUAAGAACUUCCGCAAGACAAUACAUGUAAUUUGUUCCACCUUACAACGUAUAACGAGUGUCCAGUACUCAAUUCCUGACUAUGUUCAUAUAUCUCCAGAGUGCCGUCAUCUGAUCUCAAGAAUUUUUGUGGCUGAGCCGGAGAAGAGGAUAACAAUUCCUGAAAUUAGGAACCAUGAGUGGUUUCUAAAAAACCUUCCAGCAGAUCUCAUGGUUGAAAACACGAUGAACAGCCAGUUUGAAGAGCCUGAUCAACCCAUGCAAAGCAUAGAUGAGAUCAUGCAGAUAAUUGCUGAGGCUACAAUACCGGCGGCUGGGACCAAUAAUCUCAACCAGUAUCUUGCUGGCAGCCUGGACAUCGACAACAUGGAGGAGGAUCUUGAUACAGAUCCUGACGACCUUGACAUUGACAGCAGCGGGGAAAUAGUCUAUGCAAUUUGAUAUUAUUUUCAGUCACAAGGCUGCAGAUAUGGGAUUGGACUAAGGGGCUUUUAACCUUCCGUGGCUGCGGAGGGUUGUCUGGUUGAAGUUUUCUCUCGGUUUUUAGAGUCCGUCCUCCUGGCUUGUGUUUCUGUUCUUCUCAUCUUCUUUUUUUCAGUGACAUGCAUCUGUUCACCUGUAAUGUUUUGUUCUGCCACUGGUUAUGUAAUGUUUAUGUACUUGUCACAAGAAAUGUAACAGGUGGUACCUACUGUUGCUGAAAUUGUAUCAUUGCCUGACCCUUUCUGUA